UUAAGCGGAAGUGAUAGUUGUCCGAACCGGAAGUGCUUGCCUUUGUUGUCCCGUCUGUGAGGUGAACGCUGCUCCGUGAUUUAACGGAUCGUUGGAGAUCUCCGAUAGUCCGUUUCAAUCGUCCGGUACCGGCUGCCGGUGCUCCUGCGCCGCUGUUUGUCCCCUCCGAUGACGCGCACAGUUAGCCGUUAGCCGUUAGCCGUUGUGUCGUCGUGUGUCAUGGCGGCGGGAGGAAGCGCUGCUUCUGCUCAUGUCGGAGACGUUGAAGAAGACGCGUCGCAGCUGCUGUUUCCUAAAGAGUUCGAGAGCUCGGAGACGCUGCUGAACUCGGAGGUCCACAUGCUGCUGGAACACCGGAAGCAGCAGAACGAGAGCGCCGAGGACGAGCAGGAGCUCUCCGAGGUCUUCAUGAAGACGCUCAACUACACGGCCCGGUUCAGCCGCUUCAAGAACCGGGAGACCAUCACCGCCGUGCGCAGUCUUCUGCUGCAGAAGAAGCUACACAAGUUUGAGUUGGCCAGUUUAGCCAAUCUGUGUCCGGAAGCAGCCGAAGAGGCUAAAGCCCUGAUCCCCAGUGUGGAGGGUCGCUUUGAAGACGAGGAGCUGCAGCAGAUCCUGGACGACAUCCAGACCAAAAGAAGCUUCCAGUACUGAGACCCCCCCCCUUAUAUUAUCCAGAAGGACCGGUUCUGAUCACAUUAUCGAAUGACAUCACGCACGAUGUCACUGUCUUUCAUGUCACAAUAAACUUUAUUUGUCUUUUUAUUUUUUA